AUGAUCGCAAAGAACCUGUGUCUCGCACACAACACCGAGAUCCAUUACGAGUGUUUUCAAGCCAUGUCAGCACCUUCCGACGUUCGUCCUGCCAUCCCUGACGACUGGGGCGUAUCCCAGAUCCUUUCGCUCAAGGGUAAAGUGGCGAUGGUCACGGGAGCCAACUCGGGACUCGGGUAUGAAACGGCGUCGCAACUGGCACGCAAAGGGGCUCACGUAGUUCUGGCUUGUCGAGACGAAGCCAAUGGACUCGCUGCUGCUGCCGCACUCGACGAGCUUCUGGGCACCGAACCAGAACGUGGAUCCGUCCAGUUUCUGCAAUUGGAUGUGAGCGACCUGAAAAGUGUCCGUGAGUUCGCUAAGUCCUUCAAACGGGGGCAUGAUCGGCUGGAUCUGCUCAUCAACAAUGCUGGGGUCAUGGGCGGAAGCUACGCGCUAUCAGUGGACGGAUACGAGCGAUUGUUCGCGACCAACCAUUUGGGUCACUUCGCACUGACGUCUCAGUUGUUUGAGCUCUUGAAGCAAAGUACGGCAGCACGUGUUGUCAAUGUCAGUAGUGGACUGCACAAGAGAGGAGAGGCAAGCUUCGAUGAGGACGAGAUAAUGGUCACCACUGAGGACAAGUUCGGUCAGAUUCAGACGUAUGGGAAGACCAAGUUGUGCAAUAUUUUGUUUACAAUGGAACUGGACCGACGAAUCCAAGCUGCGAGGAUUGAGAACGUCAUGGCAGUGUCGUGUCAUCCCGGGUAUGUGGCGACGAACUUAGGAGCGAAUAUGGCGGCAGCGAACACCAAUUGGCUCUACUGGUUGGUGAUCAAACUCAUGACACUACUGCCUGGAGGCAAGAGUCCGGAAAUGGGAGCCCUACCAACUUUGUACGCUGCGACCGGAAAUGAGGUCGUGGGUGGGGAUUAUAUUGGACCAAAAGACAGGAGCACGGGAUCACCGGCUCGUCAUAUGCCGUCAGAACUCUGCAACUCGGAAUCUGCCGCAAAGAAGCUGUGGGCGUUUAGUGAGAAAUUGGCAAACUUGACUUUUGUUGUUGAGAAGUAA